AUGGGUUAUGUUCCCAUGUACCUGUGUAGAGUCCUCACCCUCCUUGACCUGUAUAAUCUACAAAAGUCAUCUUUGGGGCAAACAAGCAGGAAAGAGGAGUUGCCAAAGCCAGGAGUCUACCCCUUGGAGUGCACCAACAUCGGUGCCCUGAUUGGAUUGGGAAUUGCUGCCCUUGUUUUACUUGCCUUUGUCAUCAGCGUCUGUGUCCUUUGCUAUCUAUUUCUGCAUACAAAGCCUCAAAGGUUAGACACUGGCCUUAAACUUCAACACCUAGAGGUUUCUUCCACUCAAGAAGGCAACUCAAAUAGGAAAAUCAAAACCCCCAAUUCAAACGCAGCAUCAAAUUCAACAAAUGAAACAAUCUAUGAAGCUGAUGAUGUAAUUGAGGAAAAAACAAUGGAUACAACACAAAUCAACAUCGUGUAUUAUUAAAAAUCCUGUGUUAUAAAAGC